UUAUGUUCUUUGUUAGUCACUUCUUUGAACUUGACGUUUAUCCAUUUAAAGGACAUAAAAUUCUGGGACAAUAAAUCGAAAAUUAUAUCAGCGAUAUCAUGAGCGACACAAGUUCACCGUCAACUAUUACUUCAACUGAUGCUGUAGACGUAGUGUCACCGGACCCUCCAUUGGCACCGAAUUGGAAUGACAACAUGGAAAAGACUAUACUAUCACUCCAACCUUAUCAGCUAUUUCCAAUUGCCGCUGAUACAUUGGAAUACGCCACAAUCGCCUCCCUAUUGGAUCCGUUCGAAAUCAACGCUGUCGAGCAGAUUGUCAAUCCAAUGCUGUGGUCGCGAUUCACCAAUACAAGAAAACAAAUGUUGCUGUCGAAAAGUGACGAUUGCACCCUUCUGCCAAAACUGUCGUCAGAUCACACGAAAAUAUUUCAUCAGAUGCACAUAGCAUCGUCUUUUGAACCGGACGCUCGAGUAGCUGCCUAUCCGUACAAUGACAAUUUGGCUCUACUUUUUCAUUGCACCAGAAGUAUGGCAAAUGUGAAUACCAUUCUAAUUCAAGGCCUGGACGAGCGAUUGGGAGCGGGAGGAUUGUUGGGAAAAGGAAUCUAUUUUGCAUCGGAUCCUCGCAAAUCUGUGUUCUAUGAUGGCUGUGGAGGUACCAUAUUUCUCUUCAUGGUGCUUUUAGGUGACUGUUUGUCUGUCAGUCAACGGGAAGCGCAGCUAUUUGUUAGAGAACCGUUGAAGGUGUCACGUCAACAAAGAAAUUACAACGACGUUAAUUUCGAUUCAAUCGUUGGUCAGCCAGGUGUUAAUGGUAGCUGCGAAUACGUUGUUUACAAUAGAUUCCAAUGCUGUCCACUAUACAAGAUCAGCUAUAAAGCCAGCUCUACUGGUACUGCUGGCAUUUACUCACAAUCGAUAAACUCUUUACCACCAUUCGCAUGGAAAUCAUCAAAAGACGGUGCGAUUGCAACGCCUCCAUCGACGAUCAGCAGCGAUUGGCCUUUGUAUGCGAAAAAUAUUUUCAUCCAAAUGGGAGUAGCUCCACAAAUUCAACAAAUGGACGUAGACAUGUCACCUCAAGUGAAAAUUGAAGAGACUGCCGAGGCCAUUGACGAUAAAAUGACCGUUUUGGCAAACCUCGGCUUCCCAAACACUGAACGGACCUUGGAUGUAUUGAAGAAGAAUUCGUACGAUCUUGAUGCAACAAUUAACGCUUUGUUGGAAGAGAGUGCUGGUACCAUGCUUGAUGAAUCUGAAAUUUUGAUCAACAAUAAACUGGCUACGUUAUCGAACUUGGGCUUCAUCAAUGCCGAAUUGAAUGCAGAAAUUCUGAAGAAAAAUUCGUACGAUCUCAACCGGUGUGUGUGCGAAUUGUUGGAACAGGGUGCUUCUGAUGGAAGGGCUGACGAUGCAGAUGCUACCAAUGGGGCUGGACCCUAUCAAUCGCAAAAAUCUAAAUUUAAGGAAUGCGAAAUCUGUAGUGAAUCAAUUGAUGAAUCAUCUCCCCUCUGGAAAGUUUUACUAUGCGGUCAUGAGCUGUGCGAGCAGUGUUACGAACAAAUCGAAACCACACGUACAACAAUGUCAGGCAUUCAACACACAUUCAUCAAAUGUCCGUUUUGUUUGAAAACCUCUGGCACAGAAAUCGGAACCUGUCCGAAUGGUGCGAUGACCACAUCUAUAGUGGCAACACCAUGUCAAGGUUAUGAAGAAUAUCAUUCGAUAAGAGUUCAGUAUACUAUUGAAUGUCCCAGUUAUCAAUUAAACCGAACGGCUUUCCUGCCCGACAAUGAUGAAGGAAACGAACUCUUGCGCCUGUUGCGAAUUGCAUGGGACAGACGCAUCUGCUUCACCAUCGGCACAAGUGCAACGAAUGGCCAAGAAAACGCGUUGGUUUGGAAUAUUCACCACAAGACCGCGCAGAAUGGUGGAGUUAUGAGUCAUGGGUAUCCAGACGAUACUUUCAUCAAUCGUUGCAAAUCUGAAUUGAAUGCAUUUGGGAUAAAUUGAUUCGGUUGUCGUUCGGCGAAACAAUUUAUUUGAUUACAUACAAAGAGACAUCACGAACUUUUGAAUAUAUUCGAGUGUCUUUUGUACUCUGAAAUGGAAA